CUGGCAAGGGAGGGAGGCCGAUGACGUCACGCCGCAGCCUGGCUUUGUCCUCCCACACGGCACCAACCUCUCGCUGCACUCACCUCGCUGUAUCUCCUCCACUACGCGUCCCCUGCUUGUAAUAUGAGUAAUGCACCCACCCACAAUGGCGUAGGUCUGGAGCGGCAGUUUGCUGGUCUAGGCUUGGAGGGCCGUGAUCACGUUGGGCCGCGUCCCGGAGGUCGAGGGGGACGAGGAGGGGGCCGCUACAUCCCUCCCCACCUGCGCAACAGACUGGAAGAUACCCCACCACCCCCACCACCAGAUUCCUCCGAUAGGAAUAAUAGGGACGGAUACAACAAUUGGUAUGCUUCCCGCGGGUCCCAGGGCAGCGGCGGCGGCGGCUGGGACCGGGAUAGAGACCCGUAUGGAAGCAGUGCCCAGAAGAAUGGGGCGCCGCCGCUGGGCAGUAGCAGUUUCCAGCGACGCGACAAUAGAGGCGGACCCGGAGGAGGGGGGGGCUUCCGGGGGGGUGACAACCGCUUCAGGGGAGAGAGAGACGACCGCUGGGGGGGCGGCGCUCGGGACGGCCGCAGCGGCGGCUAUGAUGAUCGCUUCCGUGAUGGCGGCGGCGUGAACGGACCGCCCCGUAACAACCGCUGGGUGGAGGACGAGAGGGACCGCUCAGCUGGGGGCAGUGGCGGCGGUGGUGGACGAUGGCAGGACAGGGUAGGCGACCGGGAUGAUUGGACGCAACCCCUGCCCAGGAACGAGGUCUUGGAGGCAGAGCUCUUCACUACCAGCAGUACGGGCGGUCCAGCUGUCCAGUCCAACAGCGGCAUCAACUUUGACAAAUAUGACGACAUCCCAGUGGAGGCGACCGGCGACGAGGUUCCGGCCUCCAUCAACACCUUCGCCGACAUCAAGCUUACCGAGCUCAUCCGCAUGAACAUUGCCCUUGCCCGCUACGAUAGGCCUACCCCAGUGCAGAAAUAUGCCAUUCCCUUCAUCCUGGGCAAGCGCGACCUUAUGGCGUGCGCUCAGACAGGCUCCGGCAAGACUGCGGCCUUCCUGGUGCCCAUCCUCAACCAGAUCUAUGAGCAGGGACCCGUGCAGAUCAAGAACAACAACCCUCGCGGCCGCAGCAAACAGUACCCCUUGGCCCUGGUCUUGGCUCCAACCCGUGAGCUCGCCACCCAAAUCUACGAUGAGUCACGUAAAUUCUCAUACAGGGCCCGCGUUCGCCCCUGUGUGGUGUACGGAGGUGCUGACGUGGUGGCCCAGAUGCGUGACCUCUCCCGUGGCUGCCACCUGCUGGUCGCCACCCCCGGGAGACUGGCUGACAUGAUUGACCGUGGCAAGAUCGGCCUCGACUGCUGCAAGUACCUGGUGCUGGAUGAGGCUGACAGGAUGCUGGACAUGGGUUUCGAGCCACAGAUCCGCCGCAUUGUGGAGGAGGACAACAUGCCCCCAACCGGCCAGCGCCAGACCCUCAUGUUCUCCGCCACCUUCCCCAAAGAGAUCCAGCGGCUGGCCCAGGACUUCCUGGACAACUACAUCUUCUUGGCCGUGGGUCGCGUGGGCUCCACCUCCGAGAACAUCACACAGAAGAUCGUAUGGGUGGGCGAGGAGGACAAACGCUCCUUCCUGCUGGACAUCCUCAACGCCGCAGGACUUGACCGCCCCAACGAUGCCACGAAAGCUGAGUCGCUGACCCUCGUGUUCGUGGAGACCAAGAAAGGCGCCGACGCCCUGGAGGAGUUCCUGUACCGCCACGGCUACCCGGUCACCAGCAUUCACGGCGACCGCAGCCAGCGCGAGAGGGAGGACGCUCUCAGGGUCUUCCGCAGCGGCCAGUGUCCCAUCCUCGUGGCCACCGCUGUGGCUGCCCGAGGUCUGGACAUUCCCCACGUGAAGCAUGUCAUCAACUUCGACCUUCCCUCGGACAUUGAGGAAUACGUCCAUCGCAUUGGUCGUACCGGGCGUAUGGGCAACCUGGGUCUGGCCACUAGCUUCUUCAACGACAAGAAUCGCAACAUGGUGCGUGACCUCGUGGAACUGCUGCAGGAGGCCAAACAGGAGCUCCCCAAGUGGCUGGAGGUCAUCGCUUCCGAGACACGCUGGGGUGGCGGCGGCGGCGGUGGACGGGGCCGCAGCGGGGGUGGCGGCAAGAGGUUCGGCGGCGGCUUCGGCUCCAGGGAUUACCGUCAGGUGGACCGCAACAAGACAUCUCACAGUGGAGGUUCGUCGAGGCCAGGGUUCAGCAACUUUGGCGGAGUUGUGUUUGCAGCCCCGCCGCACUUCAACCACUAUGGAGGCUACAGCGGCUUCAGCGGCGGCGGCAGCAGCGGUGGCAGCUACAACAGCUACAACAGUUCCGGGGCGUCAGGCACGGACUGGUGGGGCAACUGAGCGUCAGCGCCGGCGGCAGGGGCGGCGGCGGCAGCGUUGGCGCCCCGCGGCGUGCCACCUUGUGCCACACUUGUUACGCCUGGGCCCUACCUUUAGUGAAGUGCAGUGUUUGCUUUCCCUUAGUUUAGCAGGGCAGCGUGUGCCCGCCCUAGAUGUAAGGCAGGACGGCCGCCCCCCCACGGGGCACCGCCUCCACCCGGGGCUCUCUUGGCCUGGACUGACAGUGUGAGAGUUAGAGAGAAAGAGAAAUAUUUAGCGGGAGAGCUAGAGAGAGCCAGGCCGUCUGAGGAAGGAAUACUCUGAGUCGUGUAUUGCUUCAUACUUACCCAGCAACAAGUGACCACAAAGUGGCACAAGGUUAUCACCACAGCAGCCAACCUAGGAUGUGUGUUCCCUCCCUCCCUCCCCCCUCCCCCUACAAUGAUGGGCCCGGCUGGGCCCCCCACCCCCCGCAGCAGCAGCAGCAGCAGCAGUGUGUAGGUGUUGUGCCUGGCAGCCCUGCAUCCCUCCCCACACACACCCUCCACGUAGCAGACUUGGAUGUUUAUCAAUACGCUUUUCGGUGUGUGUCCCCAGCACACUACAGGCCCGGCGGGUGUGUGUGUUCCCUCCUGGCCUGGCGUGGUGGUGGUGGUGGUGGUGGUGGUCACCGUCAUCCCCGUCGCCGCCGCCGCCGCCAGCGUGUAGCAGCAGCAGCAGCAGCACUUGGUGUAGCCCCUCAAGGUGUGUGAUGCAGCGGCAACAGGCUGUCCCCUCCCCUCCCUCCCUCCUCCCCCCCUAAGGUUGGGCUGCUGUCAUUUUUCCGUGCGAGGGCGGCGGCUGGCUGCCCGGCCGCCCCUCGCCGAGGUAUUAUAAUUCUAGACUUGUGUAGCAUGGCUUUUGGGAAGUUUAUUGAUCGUUUGAUAUUUUGCCGUCCCUUGAUUGUAGCGUUGAAAACGAAGCCUCUGGGGCAGCGGCGGCAGCGGCUGCCAGCGAUUCACGGUCCCAUUUGUAAGUUUGUUUGUAAGUUUUUUCAUCGCGAGUUCUUCCCUCACACCCCCACACUGCCGAGCAUGUGCGUGUGUGUGUGCGUACUCCUAAGCGAUGAUGAUGUUGAUGAUGGACUGAAGAAUCCCAAGAGGCUCUGUACGGAGAUGUGUCUUUGUCUCUCCUUCUGGACUCUGAACAACACCAGGUAUUAAUAUUAUGUGUUUCUUUUUUAUUGUUUUUCCACGAUGAGUCUACCUUUGGUUUAGUUGGACUUGGGUGCUGGCGACAGCAUCCUCUACACAGUAGCGGCCGGCGCCGCGACACGUGGCCACAGCAUCACUCAAGCCUGGUCUCCUGUGAGGGUGGCGGCUGGCAUGUUGCAGUAAUGAUCCAUCCCUGAGGAUACAAAUAACCCCACUCAGCUCAGGGCAUCGGCCUAUCCAGUGUUCGUCCAGCGUGGGGGGGCAGGGGGGCCUGCCUUCCUGGGAGGGGGCGGGCCAGGGCUGCGGGAGUGGCCGGACCCACCGUGGCGAACACUGCCAUUGUUACUGUGAUAUUGUGGUGCGCCCGCGAUGGGGCGGGACACGGGGCGGGGCGCGGGGCCAGGUUUGGGUUGUGGCAGAGAACGCCCCCGGCAGAGGGCUGCCGGCUCUUCCCUGGCGUGAACCGGCAGGGUUGCAGCUUGAUUAUAUGAUGAUAGUGAGACAGAGGUACAGCCCACAUUCCACUAUGGUAAUCCUCCACAAAGUGUUUAUAUAGUUAUACUCGUAAUCUCAGUCAUAGCCUGAGUAUCGCCAAAGAUUGUUAGUUUGUAUGUUCAUGUACAAAUGUUGUCUUUAUUUAGUGAUUCAUAUUUGUUAUUGUAGUGAUGCAGACAUAAGCUAGCAGGCUUAUGCUCACCUCAGACUGACUCUAGUCGGUGACGGAGCGCGGCCCUCCACUCACGAAGGCGGGAGCAGCGGCGGCGGCAGUGGUGCCGCACGGCUCCACACUGAGGCUCCUGGUGGCCGCGAACACAAGCGUCUGCCCAGAUCUGACGUGCCGGGCAUUCACCGUCAGGCGGGCGGCCGCUAGUCUGGCUGGCCGCCCGCCACUUGUGGUGCUAAACACUAGCGUUGUGCUGCCCGGGAGCCGUCAGCAGGUACAAAGUUCAGAGCACAAGGAUCUGCCACACACGUACACUUACCCACACACAUACACACACACACACAUACACACAUACACACAAACACACACAUACACACACACACAGAGGCACGGCGUCUCUGUGUCCCCAACAGUCAGCCUGCGUUGCACAGGGCCUGCCGGACCCUUGUUCUUGGGGUCUGCGCUGGGCCUCCUCCGCGCUCUUGAAACGAUUAAAUUGUGCAAAAUUGCCAGUCCGUGCAGUAGAACAGUUGGCAGCAAUGACAGACCACGCGUUUCGUGUACUGGCAUGUGUGGGUGUUCUCACCGGGAGUUUAGAGUUUUUCAUAACGUAACGUAACAGUGCGUGGCCCAGCGCCACACGUGGAGAUACACAGGCAACCCGCCAGGGGUUGUGGGGCCGUGGCGUCCGCCCCACCCCACUACCCUGCCCUAUGGUGAUGGGGCGGGGUGGGGCGGGCAGUGGGGCCCCCGGGAUCAACUUUCCAGCAAGGAAGAGCAACGUCAUCUUCCGGGCGCGGCGGCGGCGGGGCGGCCCUGCCCCGCCGCGGCCCAGGAAGGGGUCCUCACAUUUCCCAUGGAAAGAAAGUGUACCUAAUAUUGUGGAAAUAUUCGGGGGGGGUCUCUGCGCCAUAUAUUGUGUAGAUAAAAUGUACUCUUUUUAUACAAGAUUGCAAACUAUUUUUUAUUUCUCUCAUUUCUAGAGAUUUAAGGAGAGAUCUCACGUUUAAUAUAGGGAUGGCAAAUUGAAAAGUCUACUACUAUAACUAUUAUAUUCACUCUGGCAUUUAGAACAGUUAUGAUGUAACCAAGCUUUCUUAAAACAAUAAAAAUAGUAAAACCACAAAA